AUGAAAUUUACAUGUGAAACUGUUAUGAUUCUGUGGCAUGACAAAGAUCCAAUAUAUUCACUCGAUUUCGACUCAAGUUCAAAUCGACUAUGUACAACUGGUUCUGAUAAUGAUAUUAAAAUUUGGAGUUAUCAAAAGAAUGAAAAAGGUGGAGUUGAAUUCAGUUUCCUUUCGUCGUUGUCGAAACACUCAAAGCAUGUCAAUGUAGCAAGAUUCUCACCCGGUGGUAAUCUGCUGGCAUCGGGUAGCGAUGAUGGUACUGUUGUCAUUUGGAGAUUAAGUCCAAAUCAUAUUAAUACAGCAGCAGCAGCAGCAACUGCUUCGACACCAGAGACAUCAACAACAUCGACAUCAACAACAACAACAACACAAUCAUCAAUCGAUUUGAAUGGUGACAAUGACAGUAGUAAUAACAAAGAAACAUGGACUGCCAUCUCAGUGUUGCGUGUUCCCACCGAUAGCUACGACCUCUCAUGGUCACCAAACGGACUGAAUCUAACAACCUGCUCUACAGAUCAUACCUUUCAAAUUUGGAAUCCCAUUACAAGAAAUUGUAUUCAAACUAUUGAAGAACAUACACAUUAUGUACAAGGUGUGUGUUGGGAUCCUCUUGGUAGAUUCUUAUUGACAGAGAGUGCAGAUGGUAGUUGUCGUCUCUAUGAGAAUAAUAAUACAGAAAAGACAACAACAACAACAACAAAAAAGAAGAAACAAUCAAAGAAACAAUUUGUACAACUAAAAAAUGUACUAUCUAAGAGAGUAUUCACUGAAGGCACUACCUCUACUGAAACAUCAAAUAACAAUAAUAAUAAUAAUAAUAAUAAUAAUAUAGAUAAUAAUAAUAAUGAAAUAACAACAGAAACAUCAAAUCAUGAACAUAGAAUGUAUUAUGAUGAAUGUGUAUCUUCAAGACCAUCAUGGUCACCAGAUGGAUCAUUAUUUAUUACACCAACAGGACAAUUUAAAUCAUCACCAAAUGAAAAGGUUAGAAGUACAUCAUAUUUAUUCUCUAGAAGUAUACCAAACAAACCUAUAAUACAUUUACCAUCAAACAAACCAUCGCUAACAGUUAAAUUCAAUCCGAUUAUAUAUCGAUUGGAUAAAGAUAAGACAUCACAAUUGUCUGAUAUAAACUACAAGAUGAUAUUUGCUAUUGCAACAUCAGAGACAAUCAUAUUAUACGACACUCAAUCUUUACAACCAAUACUAGUCAUUUCAGAUAUACAUUAUGCACCUAUUACAGAUAUGUGUUGGACACAUGACGGAUCUAUUUUAAUGGUUACUUCACAGGAUGGAUUCUGCUCGUAUCUAGCAUUCCAACCGAAUGAACUUGGUAUACCUCUGGAGGAAGAAAACUGGCCAGAGUCUAUGAAGGAAGCAAAACAAUUGCGUUUAGAUGCCUACCAGAAUACUCUGUUUGAAAAGAUUACCCAACAACAAUUACAUCAACAACAGAAACAACAACAACAACAAGAAUCACUAAAGAGAAAGAUUGAUAGUGAUUCAACUAAUAACACUACCACAAACGAUAAUGAUGAACAAGUUGAAAAGAAACAAAAGACAGAUGACUCAACAACCACUACAACUACCACCACUACCACUACUUCUUCUUCAACUGAAACAUUACUACCAAAUGGUAAACCAAAGAGAAGAUUACAAGCAACUUUGAUUUCAAAAUAA